GUCAAGAUCACACAGCUGGAGACUGGCUGAUCUCUUCUACAUCAAGAAAGCUCAGAAAAACGGAACUGUUUAAGGACUAACGGCAGACAAGUUGCUGGAGCAGUUUAUGGAGAAAAAGGAGGACGAAGCAGUCACCAUCCUCAAUGUUGACAACAUGCUGACAGAGGAAGCUAAGUGUCCGGCAGGUGCAAGGGAGAAUGGGCUGUAUGGUGAGAAAAAGGAAGCGGACACAAAGAUGGAUGAUGUAACCCAUGGAAAAGAACCAGAAAACGUAUUAGGUGCAAGGGAGAAUGGGCUGUAUGGUGAGAAAAAGGAAGCGGACACAAAGAUGGAUGAUGUAACCCAUGGAAAAGAACCAGAAAACGUAUUAGGUGCAAGGGAGAAUGGGCUGUAUGGUGAGAAAAAGGAAGCGGACACAAAGAUGGAUGAUGUAACCCAUGGAAAAGAACCAGAAAACGUAUUAGGUGCAAGGGAGAAUGGGCUGGAUGUUGAGAAAAAGGAAGCGGACAAAAAGAUGGAUGAUGUAACCCAUGGAAAAGAACCAGAAAACGUAUUAGGUGCAAGGAAGAAUGGGCUGGAUGGUGAGAAAAAGGAAGUGGACACAAAUAUGGAUGAUGUAACCCAUGGAAAAGAACCAGAAAAUGUAUUAGGUGCAAGUGAGAAUGGUCUGGAUGGUGAGAAAAAGGAAGCGGACACAAAGAUGGAUGAUGUAACCCAUGGAAAAGAACCACAAAACGUAUUAGGUGCAAGUGAGAAUGGUCUGGAUGGUGAGAAAAAGGAAGCGGACACAAAGAUGGAUGAUGUAACCCAUGGAAAAGAACCACAAAACGUAUUAGGUGCAAGUGAGAAUGGUCUGGAUGGUGAGAAAAAGGAAGCGGACACAAAGAUGGAUGAUGUAACCCAUGGAAAAGAACCAGAAAACGUGUUAGCAGAGGUGGCUCUGCACAAACUCCAUGCCACCCACUUCCAGCGACUAGUCUCCAACACUAAGUGGAACAAGGAGGCCAAGCUCUACUAG